AUGGAGAAUCGCGAGGUUGAGCGUUUCCUCUCGAAUUUCGGGGGAUUCAGAAACUUUCGAAACUUCACCAUCACCGUCUGCAACCUCACAUCUCCAUCAUGGGCAACUUCACCAUCCUCAAUGGGCAAGUAUAGCCUUCAAAUCGCAAUUGAUGUGUCUGGAAAUGGCCAACUGCCGUGGCCACCAUCGACACAGCCCAAUGCCGACACGCUCUUCUACAACAUCACUCUGUUCCUGACGUCGGAAUCCCAGUCGCAUAACUUCACCAUCUCCAAUGGUACGGAGCCCUCAAAUAACUCGAGCUAUGUUGGCCCAGUGCUUGAGCUCGAACCAUCUUCCACAGUGAAGCAUGUUAAUUGGGUGUGGCCCGAGUGUUUGGUUGGCGACGGGGAUGGGGAUGGCGACUCGGCCCGAGGCGCGUAUAACAUCUCGAUGCACCAGUCCUUCCGCUGGAAUGGAACAGACUACUAUACCGUAUUCGACCUGCCCAUCUCUGUGACGAAUAGCAUCUCCAAGAGCUCGGGUCAAUUAGAGUGCGCGCAGCUGGAGAACCAGCUACUCAGCGCGACGGAGGAGAGCGAGAGCAGCGACACGCUCCCCUAG